GCCGUAGCUUCUUUACGCCGACGAGCAAGCCCCGUAGACGAUUAGGCACCAACGGCAAAGACGGCACGAGACAAGAGAGAGAGAUACUCUUCCCCAAGGGCAGAAACGUCCUCUUCCAAAGCCAGCUCACCUCACACUCUUCUUCUUCUCACAUCACUGCACUCCACCGCUCUGCUCCCACUCCACUCUCCCUCCCUCACUCCCAGUCCACGCCACAAUGCGCCGCGUCCACCUCGCCGCCGUCCUGGUCCUUCUCCUCCCCAUCGCCGUCUCCGCCGCAGGAGGAGCCAAGGCACCGGCGCCGGCGAAGGCACCACCAGCCCCGCCGAACAUCACGGCGGCAAUGGAGAAGGGCGGCUGCAAGGCGUUCGCGGCCCUGCUCUCCGCCUCCCCGGACGCCUCUUCCACGUUCCAAUCCGCCAUCGACGGCGGCGUGACGGCCUUCUGCCCGAGCGACGGCGCCGUCAAGUCCUUCCUGCCGCGGUACAAGAACCUCACCGCGGCGGGGAAGGCCGCGCUGCUGCUGUCCCACGCGGUGCCCGUGUACUACACGCGGCGCGCGCUCAAGUCCAACAACGGCGUCAUGAACACGCUGGCCACGGACGGCGGCGCCGGCAACUUCAACCUCACCGUGCAGAACGUCGGCGACCAGGUGAGCGUCAAGACGGCCGGCAAGGGAAAGGGCGCUGCGAGGGUCGAGUCCACGGUGUAUGAUAAGGAGCCCGUUGCGGUGUACGGCGUGGACGCGGUGCUCGAGCCGGUGGAGUUGUUUGAGCCGGCUGAGGUGGAGUCUCCGGCUCCGGCGCCGGCCGCGCACAAGAAGGCGGCGCCCAAGAAGGCGCGGCACGGCGAUGAUGUGGCUGACGCGCCUAGCCCGGACGCGGAUGAUGACGAUGAGGAGGACGACGCGCCGCCAGCCGACCAGAGGAAGAGCUCCAAGAAUAAUGCCGCAGCGCCGCCGGGGGGGCAGUGUCUGCGGUGGCUUGCCGUCGUCGCCGUGGCCGCGGCCGCCGUCCUGGCCUAAACUUAACUGCCCGAGAGGGGCCCAAUUCCUUGCUUCGUUUCACGGUGGAUCUGUCGGUGGCUUGUGUCGUCUGUCGGUCAGUGCGUCGUGUGCGGUGAAAUUUUCCCCUUUCGAGCUUUCUUUACCCCGUUGAUGUACGUUGUUAGUAGCAUCGGAUUGAUGAAUGUGAUGUCAAAUAUAUACAGUUUUGAUUUGAGUCGAGUGA